AUGCCACCCGCUUAUUUCGUUCACACGCGAAAUCAGACUGCCACAGAGAUGUCUGCUCGGUGUACUGGUGUUGCUGCUCAGUUUUCUUCAUUUGACUUUCUCUUUGGAGUAGCAUUAGGAGAAAAAGUCUUGAAGUUGGUUGACAAUCUGAGCAAAGCUCUUCAGCACAAGAAGAUGUCUGCUGCACAAGGUCAAGUGUUAGCAGAACUUACCAUCAAAUCUCUUGCACUAAUGCGUACAGAAGCUGAAUUCUCAAAUUUCUGGGAAAAGUUGAUAGAGAAACAAAGCAAAGAAGAUGUUGCAGAGCCUUCCCUUCCUCGGAAAAGGAAGCGUCCUUGCCGAUAUGAUGAAGGAAGUUCGGGACACUUCGCAACAUGUAUAGAAGAUCAUUACCGGGUUAUGUAUUUUUCCGCUUUCGAUAUGGCAAUUCAGUCUAUCAAAAGCAGAUUUGACCAGCCACACUAUAAGAUAUACAGCAAGCUUGAAUGCACACUUCUGAAGGGUGCUGCUGGAGAGAGCUAUACGGAUGACCUGUCUAGCAUACAGGAGUUGUACUGCACAGACUUUGACAGCAAUAUCCUCCAGACGCAGCUAUUGAUACUGUAUUCUCACUUUAGAGAAACGGCAGUCACACCAGCCCUGAUGGAUGUUGUGGACUAUGUUAAGUCACUAGGGAAACCCGGCCAACUGCUGUUGUCUGAGGUGGUCAAACUUAUACGCUUGAUCCUUGUUGCUCCUGCAACAAAUGCAACUAGUGAAAGAACGUUCUCAGCUCUCCGCAUUGUUAAAACAUACCUUCGGUGCACUAUGACACAGGCAAGGUUAAAUCACCUUUUAAUGUUGCAUGUGCACAAAGAAGCAUGUGAUAGUCUUGAUCUAGAACUAUGCAUAGAUGAUUUCUGUAGGGAAUCAGAACACAGAAGAAACAUUUUUGGCUCAAUGUAGAUUUACGUACAGAAAUAGCCUUGUAAGGUUUGACACAUGUUGUUCUAGUAGUUACUAAGUGUUAAUCUUGCGUUCUCUGUAUGGUAUUCAAGCUUUUAGAGAAAUGUUUAGCGUGC